GCCUUUCCCACCCCGGCAGCGGGCACGGCCCGGCCCCGCGGCGGCAGCGUUGAGCAUGCGCUGGGGCAGCGCCUGCGCAGCGCCGGCCCCGGAGAUGGGCAGGAUUUAGCUGCUCUCCCCCCCAUGCUGUGAGGAUGGACAGCGAGGUGCAGAGGGAUGGCAGGAUCCUGGAUCUGAUCGAUGAUGCGUGGAGGGAAGAUAAAUUGCCCUACGAGGACGUGGCCAUCCCUCUGAAUGAGCUCCCUGAACCAGAGCAAGACAACGGUGGCACCACUGAGUCUGUGAAAGAGCAAGAAAUGAAGUGGACAGAUUUGGCUCUCCAGUAUCUCCAUGAAAAUGUUCCACCCACAGGAAAUUAGUGAAUCAGAGGGAUUUCACACAGUGGAUGCAUAAAUGCAACAUAAAAAUACUUUUUGGCUGACCAUUGCUGUCAUAAGCUGCACUAAGGAGGAAACAACAUUCUGGAAACUUUCAGAUUCCAACAGUGGUUCUGCUCACAAUGAAGAGUUUAAAAUGCUUCUUUCUUGAAUGUGAAAUAACAGAGGCUCUGACAUCUCAGAGCCAAGUGCAAAAUGUUCCAUGCUUAUAAGAUAAUUUCAUGUUUUCUGUUAAUUUGUUCUUAAGUUAGUGCCAAUUCUGAUAUGUUUUCUACACGAUUAAAAAGUUUUUACUGUCUCAA